GGAGUCGCCAAUAAAUAAGCCGCCGCCUCCUCCUCCUCCUUCUUUACGUUAUCGCGUGUCCCUUAUCUUCGACGCGCAAGGGUUAACGACAUGCGCCUCCCGAAAGUCGCCCUCUUCUCUCACUUUCACGUCUGAACUUCAUUCGGCUAGGCUCGCCGGAGAGGGGCUCUUCUGUGCGUCUCUGCGUAUCCAAUCGCCAAUUCCUCGGAGAGGUAGCAGACAGCCUCGGGGAGACAGUUUUUUAGAGGCGUAAUGGCAGAGUCCGAGUGCAGAGCGCCGCUGUCACCAAGACCGUAACGAGACACGCUAAUAAUCUGAACGCACGCUUCUGUGUGUGUGAGUGAGUGAAAGAGAGAGAGAGAGAGGGAGCGAGCGAGAGCGCGACUGCGAGUUUCUGCGAGGUCUGCCAGCCUUCUUUCUCCCCGUCACACCGCCCAGGAUUAUUGUUCGCGUCUUGCACUGCGAGCACCGGGUGCGCGAGUGGACUGCCUGUUGUGCCUUCACCUUCACUCCUUUCUUCAUAUUUUGUAUUGGCAUUGUGACUUCUUUACUAGGAAAUGGCAACACCAGCGAUUGGAAAAGAAACAAAACUGGGAAAAGAGGGAGGAAAUCUGAACUAAAUGACAGGAUGCUGGAGACCUCGGACACAAAAUCACGAAUUUUCUUCAUCUUGUAGACAUUGCUGCGCAAAGUGAAGUGGGAACAAUACAGCUGACUUACCCCUGAGGAGUUUAUUUUCUUUUUUCCUUUUCAUUCUCCCAUUUGAACAAUAUGAGGAUGUAUUGUGGAAUAGUACUAGCUGGAAUCUUUCUUCUAACCACCAGCGCUUCUAAACCCGAAAAAUGCGGUGACAUUAUAAAAAUUAAAGAUCCUGGCUACCUGACCUCGCCUGGAUAUCCACACCAGUACUACCCGUACCAGAACUGUGUUUGGGUAAUCCAAGCCCCGGAGCCUUAUCAGCGGAUUCUGAUCAACUUUAACCCACAUUUCGAUCUGGAGGACAGGGAAUGCAAAUAUGACUACGUGGAGGUUCAUGAUGGUGGUGAUGAAAACUCUCAUCUCCUAGGGAAGUAUUGUGGAAAGAUUGCUCCUUCACCUUUGCAGUCAACGUCUCCUCUGCUCUAUAUCAAAUUUGUGUCAGACUAUGAAACUCAUGGAGCUGGUUUUUCAAUUCGUUAUGAAGUCCUCAAAACAGGAGCAGAAUGUUCCAGAAACAUUACCAGGUCCAGUGGAGUGAUUAAAUCACCAGGAUACCCUGAAAAGUAUCCCAAUAAUCUGGAAUGCACGUACAUUAUUUUUGCCCCAAACAUGGAUGAAAUUGUGCUCGAUUUUGAAAAUUUUGAUUUGGAGGCUGAUAGUAACCCACCACAUGGAGCUGUUUGUCGUUAUGACCGACUGGAAAUCUGGGACGGCAUUCCAGGAGUUGGAGCCUUUAUUGGCCGAUACUGUGGGCAGAACUCCCCAGGACGGAUCCGAUCUUUCACUGGCGUCCUGUCCAUCUACUUACAGACUGACAAUGCCAUAGCCAAGGAGGGCUUUUCUGCAAACUUCACAGUCAUUGCAAAGACAACUGUUGAAGAGGAGAUAAGUUGCCUGGAGCCCAUGGGAUUGGAAUCUGGAGACAUUACCUCAGAUCAGAUCACUGCCUCUUCCCAGUACAAUACAGACUGGUCAAUGGAGAGGUCAAGACUGAACUACCGUGAGAAUGCAUGGACUCCAGCCUCAGACAACACUAAAGAAUGGAUUCAGGUUGACUUAGGAUUUCUACGCAUGAUAUCUGCAAUUGGGACACAAGGAGCGACUUCUAAAGAAACCAAACUUGUUUAUUAUGUGAAGUCAUAUAAAGUUGAUGUCAGCAGCAACGGAGAAGACUGGAUAACUGUGAAGGAUGGCUCAAAGCAUAAGAUUUUCCAAGGGAACACAAACCCCACAGAUGUCGUCGUGGCUCAUCUUUCCAAGCCUAUCCUCACACGCUUUGUCCGUAUCAAGCCACAGACAUGGCAGGAAGGCAUAGCCAUGCGAUUUGAAAUGUAUGGCUGCAAAAUCUCAGACUACCCUUGUUCUGGAAUGCUGGGAAUGGUAACGGGCCUUAUCACAGAUGGUCAGAUAACAGCUUCUAACCAUGGAGACAGAAGUUGGAAUCCUGAAAAUGCCCGGCUCCUAACCAGUCGCUCAGUGUGGACACUGCCAACACAAAGUCAGCCGUAUACCAAGGAGUGGCUGCAGAUUGACUUGAGUGAAGAGAAGAAAGUCCAUGGUCUCAUCAUCCAAGGUGGAAGACAUAGGGACAACAAAGUCUUCAUGAGGAAGUUCAAGAUUGGCUACAGCAACAAUGGAUCAGACUGGAAGAUGAUUAUGGACUCCAGUGGCACAAAACCAAAGAUAUUUGAAGGAAAUAGUAACUAUGACACACCCGAAAUGAAAACAUUUGAUGUCCUGCUCACAAGGUUCAUUCGUAUCAUCCCUGAGCGUGCUGCGGUUUCAGGGUUCGGACUGCGUGUUGAACUGCUCGGCUGUGAAAUUAAAGCUCCAACCUCUGUUCCCAGCACCACAGCAACAUCUCUGGUGGAUGAAUGUGACGAUGAUCAAGCCAACUGUCACAGUGGCACAGGUGAUGACUACGAUCUGACAGGUGUCAGCUUCAUACCAUCAACUGAGGAGCCGACCGAAACUACGAAGAGUAUAGUAAGAGAAAUGUCUGACUUCAACUGUAACUUCGGCAUACCCCUCAAGUAUACAACAUGUGGCUGGCAGCAAGAAGAGGGAAAUAACUUAAAGUGGACAUUGCAGUCAAGUGGGAAGCCAAUCACAGGCUCAUUUGAGGAUCACAGCGGAGGCGGCAACUUCCUCUGUGCCCAGGCCAAUGGAAAUCCAGAGAACAAUGUGGUGCGACUGCUAGGGCCCUGGAUGAUACCUUCGAAUUCUUUUCUAUGCAUGUCGUUCUGGUAUCACAUAGUUGGAUCUCACAUUGGUACACUGUCAAUCAAGCUGAGGAAAGCAGCCACAACGGCCCCAGAGGGCAGAGUGGAUCUUGUCCUAUGGACCUUGAGUGGGCAUCAAGGCAACCGCUGGAGAGAGGGCAGAGUCAUUAUUCCUGAGUCUACAGAAUAUUAUCGGGUGGUCAUUGAAGCAGACAUUUCAAAGAACAGCUGGGGAGACAUUGCAGUGGACGACAUUCAGAUUUUAGAGGAAAAUAAUUCUCAGGAAUGCAGAGACCCAGAGCCUCCAGCCGACCCUACAGUUUCUUUUGAUAAUGAAAUUGAAGAGACUGUGGACCCAAACAUUUACUCCAGUUCUGGAAAUGAUAUUGAAGAGAGUCCGGGUAAUAUGCUAAAAACAUUAGAUCCUAUUCUCAUUACCAUCAUUGCCAUGAGCGCAUUAGGAGUCUUCCUAGGUGCCAUCUGCGGGGUCGUCCUCUAUUGUGCCUGUUCUCACAGCGGAAUGGGGGACAGGAACUUAUCUGCCUUGGAGAAUUACAAUUUUGAACUUGUGGAUGGUGUGAAACUUAAAAAAGAGAAACUGAACACAAUGAAUUCAUAUUCAGAGGCAUGAAACUAAACACAGAAGCAAAGAGAGGCUGGGCUUUUGGAAAUGCAGAAGAAAACUCUAUUUUAUCUUUCAAAAAGAGACAGAAUUGCUGAGUCGUGUCCGACUGUGACUGAGCCAAGUUUUUCUCAGGAGCUACAGUGAAUGAAACCUGCAAAAUAGGGACACUGUGUAUAAAAGUGAAAUAUGUACAGUUAGAUUAUUAUUUUUUUUUAAGAGGGUUUUUAAAAUUCUUUUACUUCAAACAAUCAGAUGCUGGUGGUGAGACCAAUUAAGAUAAUGCUUUAAGCAUUAAUCCAUAUUUGGAAGUUUUUUGUUUUUUUUGUUUUUUUUUGAGUUUUGUUAAAAAAUUCAAUUACAGAUCCUACCAUACUGACAAAAAUGUAGUAAUGCCAUUAUAAGGGACUGAAGCAAAAGUCUAUCCAGGUCAUCAUCUGUGGCCUGUGCAGUUCCUGCGGUGCCUUAUUACAUCUUUGUUGGUCUCUUUUGUCUAUUUUUUUAAUUAUAAGAUGAUUUAGUAGCAACAAAAUCACUACCUGGUCAAGGGAGGCGUUUCUCUAAUUCCCUUACAGAUGAGACGUGACUAGGAUGUUGUAUAUAAGUUUAUUUUUUGUAUCUCCCUAAACGUAAGCUGCAGUAUCCCUUUCCUUUGGUUAUAAAUGUUAAGUCCUGUCACUUUCAAUUUCUUAUGUAGCAAAAAAAUAAUAAUAAUAAUAAGCGCACAUCACCGCUGUUAUCGCUGCUAUUGUCAUGACUAAAUGAAGUGGAGCAGUGCGACUUUAUUAACGUUUCAAGACUGAAUUCAGGAAAUGAAGGAAGAAGAUACGUGUCACAAGGCUUCAGGUCACACAAACCCGUUCCCUAAAGCAGACUGUGUAGUCUGGGCCUUAAGAAUGGUUUGUUGGGGAAUAAAUGUGUAUGGCACCCAGCUCCAGCAAGCACCUUGGCAUCUGCAAACGGUAACUCAGAAGACUGGAAGCAACGUUUCUUUGGAAUAGAAUCUCUUGCCACCGGAUUUUUGCUUGUGUGUGUGUUACAGGAGAUGACGAAGUAACACAUUUUUGCUGAGACUGAUGUCCACUAAGACAAAUGUAAAAGAGGUGAAUGUGCGGUAUGUUAUCAUCAAAAGUCCCUGGGCACCUAAGAUUGUUAUUAUUAUUAGAAAUAUUACUAAAAAUUGAACUUAACAUUGCAAAGUUCCAUUUAGCAGGUUACUGGCAUUUGCAGCCAACACUGGCUUCUGUGUUUUGUUUUGUUUUGUUUUAAUGUUUGGUGUGCACAGGGCCUUUUCAGUCUUUAUGUAUAUACAUGUGUGUAUAUGUGUGCCUAUAUGAUACGAACAUGUGAGUGUGUGUGUGUAUGUAUGUAUGUGUAUAUAUUUUUAUAGAAACACACAGAUGCACACAUUUACUUGUGUGUGUGUGUGUGUGUGCGUGUGUGUGUGUGUUUGUAUGUUGGACAUGUAUCAGUAAGCAAUAUGUGGCCCUCCCAGACUUUACCCUAACUAACCAGUGUUCUGGAAACAUGGUUUGAUUUUGUUGUUUUUAUUUUUAUUAUUAUUAUUUUUUUGUUUUGCUGUGUGCCAUUUUUUUUAAACAAAAGACAAGAGACUGUGCUCUUUAAAUGCAAAGAUAAAUGGGAAUGUCAGGGUGUUUUUAUAGAAUGCUUUAGAUUUCAGAUUCAGGUCUAUUAUAAGCUGUCUGCUUUCUCUUUAAGAUGAUUAGAAAACAAAUCAUUUGCUGCAGAAAUGUAUAUUCCCACUGCUUUUGCUAAACAUUUGGGUAUCUUUUCACUGGACUUGCUCACUUUUGGCACAAUCCAAAGUAAUGCCUUGCAUGUUCAAUAGCACGUGUAAGAAAGACUUUUGCUGUACCCUAAGCACCAGGGAUGUCCGGCUCUGAUUGCAGAGGGCCACUUUCUAAAUCAAUGGCCAAUUUCCACUCUUCAUUGACUUCUUUUCCUCUCGUUUUAACUGGCUUGUUCUUUAAGGCUGUAGAUUGUUUCUUUUUUCUGAAAUGAGCCAACAGAUGACCAACUAAGUCCAAACUCCCAGCCAGUUUCUUAAUUAGAAGCCAGCUCCUGUUGUUCAUUUAAUUCCAUGAUUUGGUGGUGCUGCCAUUCUGCCACGGCAGACAUUUCUAAAACUGUACGUUUUCAUUUUUCUGAGAACACCAUCUAAAGGUUUUGUAGACCUGAGCAGAUCAACCUUAGUGAGACCUUCACCUUUCUUUAUCUUGGGAUAUUGUAUGAUGGACACAGGUCAUCUUUUGGCACCUCAUUAUUGUUUGGCUGCUCAUUAAGGAAAAAGAAGCAAAAGAUCUGAGUUUUAAGUAGCAAGUCAAUUCACAUUAAGACAAAAGACUUAAUUAGCAGCAAAAACUGGCCACUCAUUUAAGAAAGUAGUUAGAAUGAAGACCUGCAGUCACUGUGGCCCUCCAGGAUCGGAGUUGGACAGCCCUGUAAUAAACAUAUAACUCAAUGACUGUGUGCAAAGUGUGGGUAUUAUCAUGAGGUCAGUUGUCCCAUCGGUAAGAGCGGACUUGUGCUGAUUAAAUACUUUAGCUGAGUUUGUGCUAACUGGUGUCCUUACAGAUGAGUCGAGUUAUGUCAAGGUAGGCAAAGCAAAGACGCAUCAUACAGAACGACAGAUCACCUAGAGUGGGAUCCAAUAGAAAGACUGCAGCCAUACAUGUGAACACAACAGAAGGUCACAAAUGAAUUGAUAGAAAUAGGCAAUCGGCGGCCCUGCCGAAAUGGGCUUACAUAGUCUGUCAUAAAGAAAUGCAAACGGCUUCCAGUUCUGCAGUGUUAUAAAAGUGUUCCUCUACCCGCCCAUGCUGUCACUGCCAGGAGCUAUUCAACUGUAUGUCCAUUCAAGGAUUCAUUCACCUUCGUCAAGUCACUUCAAUUGUAGAAAAUGUAGUCUUAGGCCUUGUAUAUUUGUUAUUAGCGUCAAUUCAAUAAGAUUUCAUUUACAUUGUUUUGAAGAUCAGUUCAUUGAUGCAUAUGGUCUUCAUGUUUCAGUGUGCUCAUACUGUAUAUCUUACACCAAUUCCAGUCCAUGCCAUACGAUUCCCAAAGCCAUGUAAUACAAUUCAGGACAGGGUGGAGGGGACUGUGUCUGUGUGUGCAUAUUACAUAUAUAGACACGAUACACAGAGCCCCCUUCACAGCUUUGUAGCCCAAUAAGUACUAAACACAGCAGCAUCGUGCUUGUAUGAAAACAAAGAGGAAGGUAUACAACUCAGUAAGUCUCGAUUUGAGCCCCAUUCAUUGAUCAACAAGGCUUCCCAUGAUGCUGUGCUUCACUCCCUGUACUGACGGUCACGUUUCUCUUUUACGUAUCGCGGAUUUUAUUCAGCAUAGCUGCAUUUUUUCACAAUCCAACAGUGUUAGAUCUGGACAUCAAGAAAGUGAUCCCCCACUUUGUUAUUUUAGUUAUUAGUUUUACUGGCAGACAUCAAGGUGAUGUUAAAGAAUAGGAACUGCUUACACGUUUAUCUCUCAGUGGGACUGCAGGCAGUAAGCCGGUGUUUGGGCUGACCUGCCAGGGUCCGUCACUACAGACCACUUACUGCCUCCCACCAGUCGCUUUAUACCACGGCUGGCUCACCCAGGAGUCGGUCACAUCUACUAGUCUGUCAAAAAAUAAACCCUUACUUUACUGUUCCCUCAGAGAUAGUGACAUUUUCUUUAGCGUUUUCCGAAUUAUGUUAUUUUUAUAGAUGAUCAGUAUAUACUGUAUAAGGAAGUAGGGUUAACAGUUCAUUUUCAUACAGAAAAUAUGAAUAAGAAGACAAUGUUUUUGGUGUGGCCUUCAUCAGGUGAGGUAAUAUCAAAAACAAUAUUUUUUGUUUUUUUGUUUUUUUACAUGUUUUGACAGAGAAAUAACUUUCAUUGAUUUGUUUUCCUUUUGUAGAUUGUCUAUAUAUAUAUAUACAGUAUAUAUAAAUAUAUGUAAUGUUUAUCCAAAAAGGUCAAAAAUGUACAAUUUAUUCCAUAUAAAAAUGUAAAAAAAAGAAUUAACAAGGGCCUACAAUAUUAAAAUAUUACAAAUACCAGAGUCAAUGGAUACUGUAGCUUUUAAUAAAUAAAAUAAAAUCAAUCUUGCACUGAAUAAAUAUAUUUAAAAUGUUUGUGUUUAUAAAAUUAUUGAUUUGUAAAAACAGUGUUACAAAAUUUUCAUUUUAUAUUGUUUCAGAUUAUGUGACAUAAUUUUGAAAUGUAAAGUAAAAAAGCAAAAUGUUUCAUUACUGAAUGAAAGGUAUACAAAUUUCCUAUAGUAAUAUGUUUCCAUUUUACUAGUAUAUUACAGCUUCAUGUUUUGUACUGUCAUAAAACUUUUGUGCCGAUUUUUUUACAAAAUCUUUAUUUUCAAUACUGCUUCUGUAAUUUGCUGUUAUAGGAAAGAGAAAACAGCAAGGCCUUAACUUUAAAUAUGUUUGUACUCUUACAUAUGGGACAGCCUCAAAACUUCACCUGUAACUGUUGUUCUCUUUUAUUCUAACUUAUGACUACUACAUUCCAAAGAUUCAGCUGAAAUAAAUGUUUUGUUAAGA